AGGCGGCGGCCUCAGUGACUUCCUUCCUCUCCGGACAAGAUGGCGGGGGGCGAGGCUGGCGUGACUCUGGGGCAGCCGCACCUUUCUCGCCAGGAUCUUGCCACUUUGGAUGUUACCAAGUUGACGCCACUUUCGCAUGAGGUUAUCAGCAGACAGGCCACAAUCAAUAUAGGUACCAUCGGUCAUGUAGCUCAUGGGAAAUCCACAGUUGUAAAAGCCAUUUCUGGAGUUCACACUGUGAGGUUCAAAAAUGAACUAGAAAGAAACAUUACAAUCAAGCUUGGAUAUGCUAAUGCUAAGAUUUAUAAACUUGAUGACCCAAGUUGUCCUCGACCAGAAUGCUAUAGGUCAUGUGGAAGUGGUACACCUGAUGAGUUUCCUACAGACAUUCCAGGGACCAAAGGGAACUUCAAAUUAGUCAGACAUGUUUCCUUUGUUGACUGUCCUGGCCACGACAUUUUGAUGGCAACUAUGCUGAACGGUGCAGCAGUGAUGGACGCAGCUCUCCUGUUGAUCGCUGGUAAUGAAUCUUGCCCUCAGCCUCAGACUUCUGAACACCUGGCCGCAAUAGAAAUCAUGAAACUGAAGCAUAUUUUGAUCCUACAGAAUAAAAUUGAUUUGGUAAAAGAAAGUCAGGCUAAAGAACAAUAUGAACAGAUCCUUGCAUUUGUACAAGGUACAGUAGCGGAAGGUGCUCCCAUCAUUCCAAUUUCUGCCCAGCUGAAAUACAAUAUUGAAGUUGUUUGUGAGUACAUAGUAAAGAAAAUACCAGUACCUCCUAGAGACUUUACUUCAGAACCUCGACUUAUUGUUAUUAGGUCAUUUGAUGUCAACAAACCUGGUUGUGAAGUUGAUGACCUUAAGGGAGGUGUGGCUGGUGGUAGUAUCCUAAAGGGAGUACUGAAGGUGGGCCAGGAAAUAGAAGUCAGACCUGGUAUUGUUUCCAAAGAUAGUGAAGGAAAACUCAUGUGUAAACCAAUCUUUUCCAAAAUUGUAUCACUUUUUGCGGAACAUAAUGAUCUUCAGUAUGCUGCUCCUGGGGGUCUUAUUGGAGUUGGCACAAAAAUUGACCCCACCUUGUGCCGAGCUGACAGAAUGGUGGGGCAGGUCCUUGGUGCAGUUGGAGCUUUACCUGAGAUAUUCACGGAACUAGAAAUUUCCUAUUUCCUACUUAGACGGCUUCUAGGUGUACGCACUGAAGGUGACAAGAAAGCAGCAAAGGUCCAGAAGCUGUCGAAGAACGAAGUACUUAUGGUCAACAUAGGAUCUCUGUCAACAGGAGGGAGAGUUAGCGCUGUCAAGGCUGAUUUGGGCAAGAUCGUCCUGACUAACCCUGUGUGCACAGAAGUGGGAGAGAAAAUUGCCCUUAGCCGGAGAGUGGAGAAGCACUGGCGUUUAAUUGGUUGGGGUCAGAUAAGAAGAGGAGUGACAAUCAAGCCAACCAUAGAUGAUGACUGAAGAGUCCAAUAAUACAUCUGGAUGCAGCUGGAAUUUUCUGAAUAACCUAGGGGUAUAUUUUCAAAGCAAUACUAGGGAAAUAAUUUCACAGUUCAUUACCUUAGUAGAUAUCUGUAAGGUUACUCAUUUUUGGGUGAUGAAAAAUCUAACCUCUAGUACUAAUGUGAGGUCUACAAUAAAUGAAAAAGUUGGUUUAAUGUUGCAUUGAAUCUACAUUUUAGCAAAAGUUAAGCAUUUCCAAAUCAGGUCUAAUUUAUACACUGAAACAGGUUUGAAAUGCAAUUGCUACAACCAGCCUUCUCUGUAGCACACAUGCCACUGAACCUAUCUGAAAUAAAGUUCUUCUUCUUUUUCAUGA